UGAUAGAGUACUGCUUCGUCUGCAAGUGUUAAUUAAGUUACUCUAUAUAUACUUAAUCAUUAAUAUAACUAGUUAUAUUGUUCUUUUUUUAAUCAAGAAAUAUGGAUCAUGAUAUUCAUGCAUUUUUAGAAUCUGCACUAGUGCUCAUUAAACAAGUUGGUGAAAUUGUAAGGGAAAACAUUUCUAAGGAAAAGACAGUAGAUCUCAAAGAAAGUCGGGUCGACUUUGUUACAGAAACUGACAAAGAAGUUGAAGGAAUCUUGAUAAAUGGAUUAAAGUCUAUUUACCCCAACCACAGAUUUAUUGGCGAAGAAAGUACUAACGAGAGUAAUAAAGUCAAGCUGACAGAAGACCCUACUUGGAUUAUUGAUCCAGUAGAUGGAACAAUGAAUUUUGUCCAUUCCAAUCCAUGUGUUGGCAUAUCUGUUGGAUUGUACAUUAACAAAGAACCAAAACUUGGCAUAGUAUACCUUCCUGUUUUUGAUUAUCUUUUUACAGCUAUUGAAAAUGAAGGUGCCUUUUUGAAUGGCAAUAAAAUACAAGUUAGCCAAGUAAAAGCUUUUUCAGAUGCUUUAAUAUUUAUUGAAGGAGGCUCAAGUAGGGAUCCUGAGAAAGUGCAGUGUAUGGUGGACAAUUUUAGAACUGUAUUGAAUGAAGCCCAUGGUUUUAGAUCUAGUGGUUCAGCGGUGUAUAAUAUAACAAUGGUUGCAAAAGGUGCAGCUGAUUGUUACAUUGAAUUUGGCUGCCAUGCUUGGGAUAUGGCUGCAGGAGCUACAAUAAUAAAGGAAGCAGGCGGUGUAAUAAUGGAUCCAUCAGGUCAACCAUUUGAUCUCAUGAGCCGAAGACUUAUUUGUGCUUCAUCAGAAGAAUUAGCAAAGGAAAUAUGCAGCAAAAUAAAACAGAAUUAUCCCAAAAGGGAUGAUGCUUAGUAAUAAAUUUAGAAAAAUAUUUGAUAAGUUUGACUUUUAUCCUGUGUCCUACUUACUAGGUAUUUACAAGUCUGGUUCCAUUUCUGAUAGAGUUCGUGAUGGCUGAGUGUGUUGCAGCAGCAUUGCUCGUUAUAGCAUCCUUGUGCCUGGCGAUGCCGGUUCGAAUCCGGCCUGGGAGGGGAUGACUUUUAUUUCGUGGCGGACCCACGGAAUGAAACUCAACCUUCCCACUCUGGUUAGAAUUGGUUUGCUUGUACCUCUAGAACAACCCUCCCCCCUCCCGUAUGCCAGAAAUAAUGGGUAGGGGGUUAUCCAAUAAAAAAAAGUUUCCAUUUCUGUUGUUAAUAAACAUUUAUUUUAUAUAUGAUUUUUCCUAACAUGAUAUCCUUAUUGAACAUCAUAUAAUAAUAAUGAAAAGAUAAUGUCUUAAUAUAGAACACAGUUUACUCUACCUUAAUUGCGAAAUAAUCAAUCAGUUCAUUAUGCUUUAAUAAAAUAUUGUACUUAAAAAACUUUUUUUUUUUAAUACUUAUAUCCA